AUUUGUUAAUUAAAUAUGUAGAGUUAUUCUCUUUCAUGUUUUGCUGUCAUAAGGCCUUAUUUUCAUUACUGUGGAAUCCAGGUGGGAUUUUAAAGGGGCCUUUUCACAGAUUUUGGCAUGUUUUGAAGUUGAUUAAAGUAGAAGGCAAUGCAAUGAAGGGUGUCUCUUCAUCACCAGCCAUUUGUACAGUUGUGCGAUCUAAAGCUUGUCAGAUUCGCAGAUCUCUAAGCCGAAACAGCAUUGAUGUGAAGGGAGCAUUUGUGCUUGAAAAAGUGUGGACGUUUGAAGGCGAGGACAUAGGCCAUGGUUCUCAGGACAAUCUCUCAGAAAGUGAUGAUGCCAGAGACGCAUGGUGCAGCAAACAUUGUUGGUUUCUUUCUACCAAUCUACUGACCUCACAGUCUUGUGCAAGGUGCUUGAAAAGGAUUUUGCCCAAGAGAGCUGUAUACAAAUGCAAAGCGUGUAAGCGACUGUGUCAUUUAAAGUGCGCUGCCGAACCAAACUGUGGUACAUUCCUAGACAGCUCCAUAUACUCUCCAAAAGCUGAAGGAGUGUUCUCCAGAAAACGCCCCGCAGAAAAACCUGCUGAUAUGAAUCUCCAGGCAUUUGUCGCAGAUCAUGAUUGUAGCCCCAUGCAGUCCUGCAAGUUUGUCAGAAAGGAAACACCUAAACGCCAUAACGGAAAAAGACCAUUCCAGAGGCUUGACAUACACAAGCAGAAUGGAGGCAUCGAGUUCACAGAAAGGGCUUACAGCCUGGAUGAAGAACUGCCACAUGACAGCACCAUUGACAAGAAGCAAAUCGUUGACAGUGGACUUAGUGGUGAGCUCCAAAAGUCACAUAAAAAACAAGGCAUCUUCAGCUUAAGAGAAAACAUUGUAAAGAGAUGUCGGUCUAUCAAGAAAAAGGUGAAGAAUAUAAGGGACAAGUCGUUUUCUAGUGAAGAAAAGCCCUCAAUGGAGGAAGAGCCCAGCAGCCAGUGCACAUCUAGAAGCUCAGCCGACCCAGAUGCGCAGGCCAGUGACGAUCGCGAGGCCUGGGCUAGGAGUCCUGUGCGCACCCGACUGCGAACCAGGCAGCUUGAACUGCGCAGAGAAUCCAUGAGAGCCAAAAUACUGGGGAAGAAAAGAUUGGAACGCAACCCAGAAAACUCGACUUGGCCCACUUUUAGGAAAUCUGGGCGACCUCUCCCUGCCUUUGAUAAAGCUCUGGAUGGGAUCUGUGACAGAUUGGAGGUGGUGGAGCAGCGAGUCUGCAAGCUGGAGACCAGCAUACCUCUGGAGAUUGCAGAGUGGAGGAAGUUGCAGAAGCAAUUUCAGAUGGAAGUGAUUACUGAUAAUAGUAAAUGCCAGGACCAGUAUGCUGAAAAGACUUACAAAGAGACAUGUCCCAAGAGGUUGGAGGCAGAAGGACAGUUUGUGUCCACAAGUUCAGGGACCACAUCAGAUGAGAUUUACGUAGUACCGGAAUAUCCCAGUAUCAAAAGUUACGAUCUAUCAGGUCACAUGAUGCACAACACUGUUCACAUGGGUUAUGGCCUAGAUAACAUGAUGCCAGGGAGCGAUGCCAUUAGUCAGAAAGAGCAUUCCGUCAUGUACAGUCCAAUCACUUCCAAUAAUGAUUCCAUGCCCUCUGGACUGUACAACAAAAACUUGUUAAAUGUUCAGUCCAGAAGACGGGGUGACGACUACAUCGACCAUCAGACCAGCACACCUGUCACGGCCAGAGAGAUGUCCUUCCGUUCAGCCUCCAGGAACUACGAGAAAACACACCAGAUUAGGCACACCAAUGUCACCACAAUCAGUGUUGAUCAUUCGUAUACAUCGGAAUCACAUGCAGAGCUUGUUGCACCAGCGAAGAGCGUGGAAAAGGAGAAAAAGUAUGAAUUUGAAAUGGGGACAAAAGUUGGCUGCGCAGUAAAAAAGUCUGAUUGCUUGGAUGAUGUUGAUGGGCCACAAACCCAUGUGUUUAGAGCAGAUGAAAAAUAUAUUUCAGAAGAAUUUAAAUUUGAAAAUGCACCCAGGUCUCCUAAAGAAAAGGUUCUGUCCCCUGAACAGCUUGCAGUAAAAAGCUUUUUGAGUAAGCGUUCGAGUGAACAGAAAAAGCCAAAUAUUGUCGUCUCAAAUAUAACAUCAAAGGUACAAUCAGCUGAUCUCUGCCAGAGUGCUGAUACUGAGUGUCCUGAUCUGCAGAGCCCUGGCAUUGUUAGACAGCUGAUCAGCCACUUCAAUCAGUCACCACCGAUAGCGUCGUCAACAUUUUAUGAGGGGUCACAUCUGUCCCCUUCCUUCACAUUUCGACAUGAUCCAGAAGCCAGUCACUACUCGUUUGCGAAAAUAGACCAUGAGGAAUCCAAUUCAGAUCACCGACAAGAGGAAAAAGGUCCAAGCAAGAAUGCCUCAUCCCGUUCUGACCUUGAACAUACUUUUGUGCUGCGAAAUGACAGCCAGAUGAUUUACACAAAUGCAAGUGAGGAUUUGCCUGGGUACACAAGAAACCAUUCAUUCUUUGUUGGUUCCACGUUAGGCGCUGCUGGGCAGACCUACCUAGAUGAUUCUGAAAGUGAGCAUCGGGAACCUGUAAUCCGUAUGGAAGUUAAGGCUGAUAUUGAGACUGAUGCUCCAAGGGAGUUUGACCGUCUAGUAAAAUCUUCCAAAUCUGAUCAAAGACCAUCACCUGGUUCAGUUUCUAAGGAUUGCUUGUCACUGACAAAUGUCACAGAGUUAACGGGCGAUUAUUUCAACAGUUUUGCAGAUGUAAGAGAGAAUGUUGGAAAGUGUGAUGCGGCAAAUGUUUCAAGGUUUCAGAGAGACCAACUUAGACCAACGUCCCGGGGGAAGAUUGACGAGACGGGUGAUGGGCGGAAGCCUCCGUGCAUUAGAAAAUACAAUCAUUAUGUGCCUGAUGUGGAUUUCCUGAAAGAGGCUAAGAAACGUUUGGAGACGUUCAGGAAAAAAAGGUCUGGGGAGGCUGAUGCAGGAAUCACACUUGAAAAGUUGCCAAGAAUUCCUGUGAGCAUGGAUAGUGAUGUGAAACCGGCGGGUGUCAAUGGGAUUUGUGCAUAUGUUGAAACGUGCUGUCUUCCAGAAAAGCAUUUUGAUUGCCUGACAACUGGAUCGAGAGUAUAUUUGAAGGAUGCCCAUGAAAAUGCUUUAGCAAAGAAUAAAUGUAGCCCCCAAAAAGCUCUUGAUGAAGUUUCUAAUUCUGGGAAAAAGAUUUAUGAAAAUCCCGCUGAAACAAAUAAGGAAACAGGAAAAAACGGCACCAUAGAUUGCAAACAUAUGGUUGACUCCACUAAAGAAUUUGAAGAUAUUGAAAAGCAGCUUCAAGAACAAUCAUUAGCUUCAAAACACAGGAUCAGUCUUUCUCUGACCCACUUGCCAAACAUAGACUCUCUCUCUCACGAACAAAGUCAUAGACAGAAAUCUUUUAGCUGUACAAACAGCAUUGAUGGUGAUGCUAGGUCGUUAAUGAAUGACAGCGCACGUUACCAUUUUCUUAACGACAAAGGCAUGAUUAAGAUAAGUUCCCCAAGUCUGAAACUUCUCUGUGAGGACCAAGGAAAUGCACCGAGAAAACCACGAUCGCGGAGGUACAAUAACAUAGAUGAAGAGUCAGAUGUUGAAGAAAGCGAAAGUGGCAGUGAAAUGAGCGGGGAGUACUUUGUGGACAGCAAGUUUCACAUUCCUCAGCUGAAUUAUGGUAAGACCUCCUCUGAAAUCGGCUCUCGUCAGUCCAAAAGUGACACAGUCUACAGUGAAAUGACUGAAAUGACUCCAUCUACUGAACUGGAUGAGAAUCGUCAGUUGGAUCUAGAGAACCAUCAUUUCGAGGAAAUGCUUAAGGAUGUGGAUGCCUAUCAGAAAGAUAUGGACGCUGUAGUGAGCUGGAUAAACAACAGAUACAACGAUGAUGAAGAUGUCGGAGAGUAUGAGCAUGAGCUUGAAAUGUUGAUGAACGAGCAGGAAGGCAGUCACAGUGUGGAAACUGAUGGAUUCCACAGUGUUAAAACUGAGCCUGGGAGCUCCGACCACCAGAUUGGUUCCUGUUCCAACUUGCAAAGUCCCAGCGAUGAUUCUGUGUACUACAGUGUGCUGGGGCAGUCUCUAGAACUAAAGAAUGUUGUGUCUCCAGGGAGAAUGGAUCAGUUUAAUAAUCCUGUGACAAAGAUGGAUGAUGAACUCUGUGCUGGUUUGAUGGAGACUCUUAAGAAUGGCAGCGUACAAGAUGUCACUGAUUUUCUGAAUUCAGACAGGACUAUUAGCGAGCUGGAAAUCAGACAGGCAACACUCUGGGCUUUAGAAAAGGAAAACUUUGAGAUCACUAUGCUGCUGUUAAAUGAUAUUUGUAAACUUAUAUGUGCUGCUGAAGAAGACAAUUGUGUAGAUGUGUUUCCAGCUUAUCGAGAGAGCAAACGUUGGAAGCCAAUUUUCGUAAUUUUGACGAAGCAGAAUUUCCAAGGAGAUUGGGAUACUUUUAUGGGUUUUCCUGUGUACAGGAGACGGUAUGACCUUGUUAACUCAGAAGCUGCUAUGGUGGUCAACAGUGUCUUUGUUAGAAAACACCCUUUAAAAGUGGAGGAUUUUAAAACUGUAAAACGUGCAUUAGAUUCAGUGGACUUACAUAAGCAGCAUAGAAAUAUCACUCUUAUAAAUGCAUGCUCUUGCAAGUCAAAGAAAAAUGGUAAAGUUAUCAAGAAAGGUUUGUGCAUCGUUAUUCACUGUUUGAUAAAGGGGUUCAUUCCCUUUGAUGAGGAGCCCUUCCCAAAAGAGUUGUCUGGGAUACCAGUAGAUGUGAGGGAAGGGUAUUUCAGACUCGGUGUUGGCACACCGAUAGGUGAAUCAAAUGCCCAGGGGGACACGUCAGUAGAGGGUGAAGAUACUGAACAAGAUAUUUCCGGAAGCUCUGGAUCUCUAGGAACAAAAUCAGAGACACAUUCUGAAUCUGAGUCAAGGUCUCAGAUUUCAGGUUCUGAAACAAGGUCAAGGUCUAAAACAGAACAUGUGAAUUCUCAGUCCAGUUUAAGUGUGGGUGGUCAGUCUAAUUCAAGGUCAUGUUCAGAUAUUGAAGAAAAGGAGGGGGGCAAAAUUCAAAGACAAAUGGAGAAAAAGGCGGCCAGCAAAAAUAGCAGUCCUGACAGCAAGUUCUCGGUGGACAGUUUUAAGAGAUUGCCGUCACCAAGAAAACGAGUAGGAAAGGAAUCGCCACAGAAGAAAACAAAGCGUGUGUUAGAUGACCACAGCUAUGAGACAGACUCGGACAUAGGGGAGCUGGUUGCUAAGGCAAUGGGACCAGGUGGUGAUGUGAUGUUACACAACAACAAUGUCCAGUACAAGGAAAUCCAACCAUGUGGUCAUGGCGAUACACUGGGAAGCCUUCUGAUUGGCUCCAGCAUCAGCCUAGUGGGAAGAGCCAAGAGGGGCACCCUAGGGGGUUUUGUCGUGCUGCCGGGGGGUGAACUGGGGUUCAUCGCUGCUGGUCACGUUGUGCGUGCUGCUGCUACCAGCGAAGGGGCCAAAGUAUGCGUCUUCAGUGACGGCCGGACUGGUAACCAGGGUGAUUGGUAUGUGUGUGGAGAGGUGGCCAAGGUGGUGCAGUCAGAGGGUAAGGCCAAUAUGCCUGGCGUGGAUGUUGGGGUGGUCAGAAUCACCAGUCAUCAGCCUUUGCAGGCAGGAUUCAGACCUGUGCCAGAGCAGGUCUUGAAAAAUGCAGGAUUUUGCAACAAUUCAAGACCCAAUUUUGAGAGGGGACACAUUUUGAGCUGGACAGAGCUGUUUGAUGACAAGAAUGAUGGAGGAACACAAGUUCUCAAAUUUGGCGCCACAACAGGCCUUACAUUGGGUCACAUUUAUGGGGAAUGUGCAUAUGCCCAUCAAGAAGGCUAUCAGAACUGCAGAGAUAAUGAGAGGAUCACCCUGCUACACCAACUAGAGAUUCUCGGGGCCUAUGGAUCACCACAUGGGUUUUUCAGGGCCGGGGAUUCCGGCUCAUUGGUCUUCGUUUCCAGGGAAACCGAUCUGCAGUGCGUUGCUAUAGCGAUUGGUUACACAAGCUACGGAUCCUGUAUCGCAACCCCUAUUGAAGCUGUGUUUGAAGCAAUUGGUCCAGGAAUAAAGUUUGUGGAUUUUACAUUGUGCCAGAGCAGUUUUUAGGUGAUUAUGUGCGCUCCAUACCUUUAUAUAGAAACAUGUUAGCAAGUUUUUAACUUUUGAAUAAUCUUGAUCUGUUUGUAGGAAAUGAAAACCAGUUAGCUGUGCUUCAUGUGAUGAUGAUAUUAACAUGGCUUUGCUUGUAUAUUGAAUGAAAUUUGAAGUAUUUUAUGUAAGCUGUUAGAAUUAUGAGUCUGUUGUCAGUAAGUGGCAACAGGUGCUUGAACAUCGACAGAAAGAGAUUUAUAAAAAAAAAAUAUUAAAGCUUAAAUGAUGGACAGGUGUUUUUGUAACAUAGGUUGCCCUUUAGUUGAGUAUUAUACUGUUGUAUUUUUACUGUAAAUGUCAACCAGAAUAGAAUGUCAGAGUACUAGUAUUAGAAAAACUGUUUGCAAUAUCUGUCUUCCAGUAUAAUUGAAAAUGAUUUAUUACUAAAGGUGUUUUUAAACUUAGAAUAUAUGAACUUUUCACAGAGGGACAGUUCUCAAGUUUCUAACAGUGGAAUAGUUACCUAAAGGUUAUAAAACACACAACAAAUAUUUAGCUACUUUGGGAUGGGGUUUGGAAGCACACUUCUCCUACAUUCUCUCUGGUGUGAUUGUCUGUCUUUAAACAUUUCAGCCUCAUUCUUGCAAAACUAGGCUUAAUGCUGUGUGCAAAGUUUUGUCACAGGUGAGCAUGUGCAGUCUGCAUAGGCUUAUCAGGGACAUCACUUUCCACUUUUAAGGAUUUUUUCCUUUUAAAGAAGUUUCUUCUAAACAGAAAUCAUGUGUGAGAGGAAAGUGUCAUCCCAGAUAAGACUUUGCAUACUUCACAGCCUUAUCUGGACAAUACUUAAUGCACAUGCAGUGAGCACUUUUUUUUCUACAGCUUGGCUCAUUUUGUUUGUGUUCUGUAACUUUUUGUUAUCUAUUGAAUUAAUAAUAUAUUUUUUCAGAUUAUAUUAUGCAAUUUGUCACAAUUAUUAGUUAUUGAAAGACAGCACAAUAGCACAUCAGUGCAUAGUUUGAUGUGUAGUUUAUAUACAGAACUAGAACUUACUGGUAACAAUUCAAGCAUUAAUGUUAAAUCCCAAAUUACAUUAUAACUAUUAAUGCUUUACAAAAAGAUAUGCAACUUGCAUUCAAGUUGUCUUUUAACUUUAUCAAGACAACUUGUCCUCACUUUGACCUUGACAUUGGAAAACUUGGACUCAUUUAAAAUGUCACAAUUGUUUUAAACCUUUUAAACCAUCGCUAAUGUCAGAAUUCUUGGUUAACCUAAAUAAACCACUGCUAAACAAAAAUGCUACCAACUUUAAAUGCUUUGAUACUUCCAAUCAUCACUUGGCAAACAUACAUCCCAGACUUCAUUUUGACUUAGACCUUCGUUAGACUUCUUCAAGCCAAUAAAUGAAUACUAACAAGACUUCCAAUGAAGGGAGGAGGGGAUUAUCUGCACUUAUUAAACGCAGCAUCUUGUUUAGAAUGAUAUUAUUUCUGUUUCCUGCUCACACUGUCAUGUAUUGUAUUAUAAUUGUCUUGAGCACUUACAAUAAGGCUGAUUGUAGUUGUUUACAUGUGCUGGAAUCUAUUUUAAAGAAAAUGUGAAACCUGAGUCAAUCUUUUUAAAUAAUUAUUGUUAUUUUAUCGUAAUAGCUAUGGUAAUAUGUUUUUACUAUGUUUUUUAAGCCAUUAUCCUGAAAAGAUUUAUUAUUAAGAACAUUUGUAAGAACACAAUCUCAGGUGGUCUUUAGGUAAUUAACUUUGAUUAAAGAUUGAAAGUGACAGUAUUGUAACCAUAUAAAAGCUAAUAAAAAGCAACUGCUGGAAAAAAUGAGAUCACCCUUUUGUGCUGUGAUGCAAUUGAAUAUCAUUUACAAUAUAUUAUAAACAGUAGACAGCAGUUAUCCAGAAUGAGACCUUCAUUUUACAAGGGGUCUUAUUGAUCCUUUAUAAAACAAGAAACCGUCGGAGACCGGUGAUGCUCCCCAAAGGUUUUUUUGUCACAAUAUUGCACUAUAUAUUCAGAUAAAAGGAACCAUCUUGAGGGCACAGUAGUUGGGGGGGACAAUAAUUUUUUUUUAGAAAAUUUCAAAGGGCCAUAACUCUGUGAAAAAUCAUCUGACCAGAACCGGCUGAUAAUAUGCACAGCUCCUCUUGGUUGUGAAGCUUCCCAUAAAGUUUCAUUGAAUUCCGGUCAUUAAUUGCUGAGAAAUAGCCCGGACAAAAAUUGUGCACGGACGGAUGGACACACGGACGGACAGACGAAGCGGCGACUAUUUGCUCCCCCUAAAAAAUUUUGGGGGAGCAUAAUAACCUGUCGACUGACUUUCUUCAAAUAUUUUACUUUGACUAUGCUUAACUAUCACAAUUACAUAACCAUGCCAUUUUUUCGUCCAACACACAAAAUAUUGAUUAAUUUAUUCAGUAUUUUAAUUAUGAUCGCUUUUCGAUCAGGUUGUUUUAAAAAUAAUUGUUGUAUCAUGAUCAUGUCUCAUUUCAAUUGUGAAUGUAAUCAAGAUUUUUAAAUUGUGUCAAUUAAGUUUGUGAAUAUUUACUUAAGAUUUUUAAAUUGUUUGAAUUUAGCACAUAUAUAUACUUAACAUAUGUUUAAUCGUCUCAAUUUAACUCUUUAACUUUAUGUAUAUUAAUAUGUAUAUAUGUUUAUAAGUUAAUGUUAACUUGUUAAUUUGUUUGUUAAGGGUUACAUUCUAUAAUCAUGUUAAAAUAUGUAUAUAAAUGUUCAAUUGUUAAACAUUUUCAAAUA